CCUCAAGCAACCCGAUGACUCCCUCUUGACCGAGUUCCGUGGCAACAAUGUCAGAUGAAGAGGAAGACAAAGACUACCACCUCCCGCUACAAGACCAACGCGUCUUCGGCGCCGGCAUCAAACGCAAAAGAAUCGCUUUCGUGCCCGCCUCGUCAACCGAAUCCUCUCUACCUUUCACAACUGAUUCACCAAAAUCAGACAUUGCAUCGCGCUACCUCGCCAUAGUCCUGCCCAAGGUUUCUCAGUCUCAGUCUCAGUCUCCGUUACAAACGCCUCGGCCCCCUGAACGCUCUUCCUCGGCGCCUCCGGCUUCCACUUCCACUUCCACCGGCCAAAUCUGCUCAGUCUGCCAUCAGCCCGUCGUCGCCUCCACAGACAAACACGAAUCCUCGCUUGCGCACCAACUAUGCCUCACACACGUCAACCCACCUUCACACCUCGAUCGUUCGCACGUCGGGCUUCGGUACCUUACCACGCAUGGCUGGGAUCCAGACAGUCGACUGGGUCUCGGCGCAAGGCAAGAAGGCAUCCGUGUCCCCGUCAAGCCCAAGGAGAAGCACGAUACAGAGGGGCUUAGAGAGAGCUUACCCGACGAUAGCAGGACCAUCAGGAAGAAAGCUACACCGAGAAAAGAGGACAACAAAGUCGUCAAGCUGAAUGCGAAACAAAUCAGGGUCCAGGAUACGGAGGCGAAGAGAAGAGCGGACAGACUAAGACAGUCGUUCUAUGGGCCUGAUCUGGAGAAGUAUCUUGGGCCGAACAGCUGAAUCUAUGUUGAUCCUGUGCCACAACCACAGGCUCGUGCGAGUGCGUAAGGUAUAUCCACGCUAUGCUGCAAAAACCUCAUACCGGCUACAAAGCCUACAUGCCUAUCCACAACCUCUGGCUGAUGCCUACAUGUCAACGCCGACGCCACGCUAAGUCCAGUCAAGUCAAGCCAACAGGCAUCCAAUUCUACUUCCCAUGAAGCAUGCGCUAAUGCUUCUUGAACAAGCCCAGAUGGUGCUUCUUCUCCUUCUUCAGCUUGCCAUGACUGUCGCUCGACGUCGAGGGAAACUGAUACGGCGCCGGUGCUGGGCUCGGCUGCUGAGGCCGCGACGGGACCGUCCCCACGCCUGGACGUACACCGUUCUCCGAUCUCCCACCACUAAUAUUCAUCCGCUGCAUCGCUUCUGUCGGCGGCCUCAUGUUAUCAGGCGGCCUAGUGCUCCCGUUUGGUGCUUGUGGCUUCGGCUGCAGCGCCUGCGGAGGCGGUUCGGACAUCCAGGCUGGUAACUUCGGCUGCGCUCGGUCGACAGGGAGAUCUAGUUGCUUUCUCCCGGAACUGAGGAGGCUCACCUGUCUCAGAAAGUUUUUGGGUGUGAUCAUGUGUGUCGUCGCCAGGAAGAUUUCCUUGCCAGCCAGGCGGGAUACUUCGUAGCACGCGCGUGCUUCGGCGUACGUGGCGCCGCCGCCCAUGAAUACAAUGAUGCGUUGACGAGGUUUGUUCGAUUGAGAGCGUGUCUGUGCCCAGGUGGGUUUUCCUGCGUUUCUGAGUGACGUUUGAGAUACCAUGACCUGGCUAUUUGGGUCGUUGAGGUGAGGUUUGAGCGGCGGGAACACGGUCUGGUCCAAGGUGCCCUGGCACUGCUCUUCGAGCAUGUAUCUUAAGGCAGGUUCAAACCUUGACAGACUGACUUCUUCGUUAUUGUUGUUGAUUUCUCGUUGGCGAGGUGGGAAGAUCGGUGGGGGAGGCAUGACCGUGUCUUUUAGUUGCUUCUCGACCCUGGCGCCGAGCGUGAUCAGGUUAUAAAUGAUCUCCCCAUCCAUGGGAGAUAGUUGGCCAUGACAACGUAGUUUCUCAAUAUCGCCUCGCAGAACGCCAUGUCUGUACAGUAUGUACAAAAUCAACAACCUGACCC